UCCCUACCAUAAGUUAUAAUUGAUCAAAUCUUAUCAUACUUUAAAUCAUGACAUAUGAAUAACUAAGAAAAUAUAAAGAUUUGUCAUACUUUUCAUUACGAAGCUCCACAGUCAGUUUAUGAGUUUCUUUCCCAUUAGCUGAUACUACUUCAAUUGGGGUCAAUCAACAAUCUGACCAAUUACAUCUGAAACAUAAAAGCUAUGAGUUAUAAUCCAUAAAAACAAAAACGCGUAUUAGCAAGAAAUCACUAAGUUAGAUAACUUACCAACCAAAUAGUCCGUAGAGAGUGUACCAUCUAGAAUGUCCAUGUAGUUGACUGGUUCAAAACCGGUUAGGGCUUCGGGCAAAUCGUCACAACUUUUCACACGUGUUAUCCACAGAAAACCAAUUAUGUAUGGAUGUAUGGUUGUCCGGUAUGAACCGUAAGAGGGGUUGAGUGAAAAGUUUAGGAGAAUCUUUGAACUUCCUUGUGUCAGGAAUGAAUCAAAUUGAUGAGCCAGAUCUUUUUUCACAGAAGUGUUAAUCUUAACACCCUAUAAAAAAUCAAAUAAUAAACUUUAAGACAAUGACACAUGAAGCCAACACAAUGUUAAUAACAUGAAAAUUAUAGGAUUCUUACGUUAGAAUCGAUUAGCACCAUCUCAAUGGUUAAGCCACCUGCUGCAGAAUACUGCUUCCACAAACUUAUGAUCUUGACCCUUAUCUUCCACAUAGUCUUGAACGGUUUUAAAUCAGAGACAGCAGUUAUAGCAGCCAUCGUAGAAGAAUGAGGGAAGAGUAGUUAGGUUUUGUGUGAUUGAGAUGAGUAACAAUGGUUGGGGACAUGUGUUUUAUAUAAGUUCCAAACCCUAAUGCUUCUAACUUAGUUUCACCGUUAAAAUCUUAUUGAUUAUCAAAUAUUUUUGCCUUGGCCAGCACAAUAAGAUUUAAUUAUAUUGACAUAAAGUGGUUCUCUACAUUGAUUAUGAUAUAUUCUUUGCCUUGCGCAAAAAUUUCUUAAUUGGUUAUCUAUAUUGAUUUCAAUUAACUUUCCAAUUCAGAACCGAUCGGUUCGGUUCGGUUAACCAAAAACCAUAAGUUCCAUACCGAAGUAAUAACUUUCAUGUAGGCAGAGAACAGUUCUCUGGACACUCUUGACGUACAGGUCUUUCUUCUCACCAGGAACGAAGUUGGGACCCAUAAUCUUGACCUUCGUACCAUUAGAGACCUUACCAGAAAAGACUCGACCAAUUUGGACUGCAAAUAUUCAUAAAAUUCCUUCUCACCAAACUUCAUCUGGACACCAAGCUUCUGUAACAUAGGCCACAACUUGUCUUUCUGGUCGUUCAUGCAAGUGGCAAUAAUUUUACUUCUUUUUUUCUACGUGACUCUCAUGAUGAACUGGACAAACACACGCUUGCAAAAAACUGUAAAACAGAAGAAAAUAAUGGACUCUUCUAUCUCCUCUUUUCUUAUCUCAUCUCCUUUGUAACCAUGUGAAAAACAAAGUACGUCAAAGAUGGAGAAUUGAGAUUGAUUGGCUUCUCUCUGUGACAGAGUACGUCAAUGGAGAAGUGAGAAGAAGAAAGUAAUAGUUUCGAUCACAGUUUGUGAUGACAGUGUCAUACUGAUCAUCGAGGGGACCUUCAUACAAGUUCUCAAUACGGUACCUCUGAGCAGUGUGGGGGAGACGGAAGGUGGAAGAUCAUCAUGUCAAGUAGUGCAGUACUUGCAGGGAGCCAUGUCUGCAUGACACGCUUCAUCAAAGGUUUACCCAUGAGCUUCUUCUCAUCAGACUUCAUCUAGAUAUGGUGGAUUCUGUAACAUAGGCUACAACUUGUCUUUCUGCUCGUUCAUGCAAGUGACAAUAAUUUGCUUGUUGGGUUCAUAACAGAAAUUCGCAAACCCGCACUUGCAAGUACCAGUAACGAUGAUACAUACACAAGUCACAGAAACAGCUCUUGUCCAAUUCACGUGAAAAAUCAGAAGCAAAAGGUUUUUUCCAAUUCAGAUAAAAAAAAUCAAAAAAAAGAAAUAUAUUAGCCAGAAUUCAUCUCCAGCCGACACAUGGCAAUACUUGUGUGAAAGCAUUUACUCCAGUGCAUCCUUUUAAUAUAUAUAUAAGGGAUUUUCUAAUAGCGAAAAUGGACAAAGAUCUUGAAAAUCUACAACUGAUAUAAAUUGUCCAUAAUUGGUAGGCUAGUGGAUACCUAAAUAUAUUGAAACACAUUGAGGAAAAAACAUUUGGAGGAAUAAUUUCUUUUUUAAACGUACUAUACAGUUUUUUUUUGAAGUUUGAUAGUUCAAAUGUAAACUAACAGAAUAAAGAGCAAAGAAAGUACAAUGAGAUCAAUAUAAUAUUGAGUGUUUCAGAAAAAAAGAUCAAUAUUGAGUCCCAAAUCAAUACGCAAUUAAGCAAACAUAAUUAAUAUGGUACUGCACGUAGUGGAUGGAGAUGAGUUUUUAGUAUUUCAUCUAAUAUAUCUCUGACUCUGAUUAUGCAGGAUAAAAUUCACUAAAAGAUGUGAUCGAGACGUUACAAUGCUAGUUGCAAAUUCGCUGAGGAGAAAAUAAUAUCUAAAUUUUAUUGAAUGAUUUACUUCUUUAUCAUUUAACAAAUAAAUGUUAUUGGUCUAAAUCUAAUCAUCAUGUAUGACAUUGAUAUUAACUCACGAAAGCAGACAAUGGAGAGAUUAUAGUUUCAAUUAACCUACUGAAAAAUUCAAUUAGAUUUAUCAAAAAAAAAAAAAAAAAUUCAAUUAGUUUAGCUAGCGUGAGUUCGUCAUGCAUGAUUUUUUUCAGUUAACCCAAAGUAAAACUAUCUUCAAAUGAUCAAUUGAAUUGCAUGUGUUCCACUUUUGUUCUGCCUAAUUUAGAUAUUAAUUGAUUUUUUUUCUACGCGAGCCUAACUCGUUUAUUUCGUCUGAAAUCGCAACCCUUCGAAAUUGACCACUCCACUAAAAGAGUCUGAAAAAGUCAAAUAUUUUUCUUAGAAGACCUAAUUUUUCAAAAACUUGUUCGUUGACAUAUGCAUCAUUCUCUCGUGUAUAAAUACCAUUCACGCCAUUCAUUACUCUUCAUCCAAAUAUAUUAAUACACAUACAAACACACGCAACACAUCUUCCGAUAAAAAAAACUUUGUUUACUUUUUUUUAUCUAGCUCCUUUGAUUCUUGAAAGUCGACGACAAAAUAAGAAGAAUGAAUACAUUCAAGAUAUCUUAUUUCGUUGUGGUACUCAUAAUGGUCAUGGCCAUUGCUAUAACACUUAGCGAACCGCUAAGGGUUGAGGCGAACCACCGAAACAGAUAUGGUCAGUUGAUAGCCGCUACACGAGGGAAAAAAGGUGGGAACCGUACAAGUGCGAUGACGUGUGAUAAAAGCCCUAAAGUAUGUCGUCUCAAAGGCAGUCCAGGUCGUGAUUGUUGUCGUAAGAGGUGUGUCAACUUAAGGACCAACAAACUGAACUGCGGAAGAUGUGGAAAAAGCUGUCAAUACUCAGAAAUUUGUUGCAAUGGAUACUGUGUAAACCCGAUGUUUGAUAAGAGACAUUGUGGAGGUUGCUUUAAGAAGUGCAACAAAGGGAGAUCGUGUGCAUAUGGGAUGUGCAGCUAUGCUUGAAGAAACAAUGUGGGUAUAAUGGUUACAGAGAAAGGGAAGUUUAAUUUGUUGGUUUAGAUUGGUUUAGUUACAUUCAUAUUACAAUCUUAAAUAGGGUGUUUUUCAAAACCAACCCAUAUUUUUAAGUCAAAUCCAAAACCAACCCCUUUUUUUUUGUUCAUACUAUUCAUCAAUAAAAUUUCCAUACUAUCCUUAUGUUUUUGAAUUAUUCACAAAAUUGCCAUUUUUAUUUGUUUUUUUAUUAAUUUCGAAAUUAACAAAAAACC